UUGUGUCGAUACAGAUUUCCAAGCUUUUUGAGCUUUCCAAGAAUAUGUUUCAUACAUUCGGUGAAACAUGAAACACGAUUGAAACUUUGAAACAUGCUGCAUCUGUGCUUUCGAGUUUUUAGUACAAUCUUGUUAUUUGUUUCGUUAGUUCAGUCAGAAAACCGCGGGCAGAAUCGCGUUUCCGUUUAUUUCGGCAAAAUGCAGGCAUUUCUGAAGACUGGCAAGACCACAGGACUGACGAGGACACCCAACCAGCCCUCCACAAGUGCUGCGAAGGAGCGAAAAGUAGCCCCACGCCCAUGGGUUGAGAAAUAUCGCCCCCGGACGGUGGAUGAUGUGGUGGAGCAGGGAGAGGUUGUCGCAGUGCUCAAGCAGUCUCUUGAGAGCUGUGAGUUGCCUAAUCUGCUGCUAUACGGACCGCCCGGAACUGGCAAAACGAGCACAAUCCUGGCCGCAGCCCGGCAACUAUUCGGCGAUCUCUCUAAGGAUCGCAUUCUGGAGCUCAAUGCGUCCGAUGAACGAGGAAUAGCGGUGAUUAGGACGAAAGUGAAGAAUUUUGCUCAACUGACUUGCAGCUCCGUGAGGCCAGACGGGAAGCCUUGUCCACCAUUCAAGAUUAUUAUCCUGGACGAAGCGGAUUCCAUGACUCACGCUGCCCAGGCGGCCUUGCGUCGCACAAUGGAGAAGGAGAGCGCCACGACGCGCUUCUGCCUCGUGUGCAACUACGUCUCCCGGAUAAUUGAGCCCAUCACGUCCAGAUGCACCAAGUUCCGCUUCAAGUCUCUGGGUCACGACAAGAUCGUGGAGCGCCUGAAGUUCAUUUGCCGCGAGGAGGGAGUUAAGAUCACCGAUGAGGCUCUGGACGUGAUAAUUGAGUGCUCCGGAGGGGAUUUACGACGCGCCAUCACAGUCUUGCAGUCCAGUCACCGUCUUUUCGGCACCACAGAAGAGCAGAUCUCGAAGGAUCACGUGUUGGAGAUGUCUGGCAUCAUUCCUCACCACUACUUGGAGGACUUCCUUGAGAUUUGCCGCUCUCAGGACUACGCGAAGCUCGAGAAGUACGUGGAAGAUCUCUCUUUUGACGCCUACAGCGUUGGUCAACUUCUCGAGCAGCUCAAUGACUUCGUAGUCAACCACGGAAGACUCACCGGAAAGCAAAAGUGUAUCAUUGCGGAGAAGAUCGGCGAGUGCUCCUUCCGGCUGCUCAACGGAGCGUCAGAGUAUCUCCAGAUUAUGGAUCUGGGAUGCACGGCGAUCGUAGCAUUCCAGAACAAUCCCUGAAUUAAAACACACUUGCAUUGCCAA